CCUCCUCGAUGAGGUGCUUUACUUAUUAAAUUUACCCUACUCUGACUCACUCCAAAACCAUUCGCUUCUCAAGUUAACAGACGUUCUUCUAACUGAGAUUUUGCAUGUCACACUAACCAGGUCACGAUGCCAGAUAUCACUGGUGUAACAGCGUCUAUGUGUACACCCCAGUGUAGUGUGCACAGUACAACUGUAGAGUCAGGUACAAGAAUGUGGAUAGGAAUGAGACUUGCAUUGGCGACGCUUCUGACGUUGUUGCUGGUGCUGCCUACUGUGAAAUCACAGAAAGUGUCAACUUUAAAUGGCCCACUUCUAGGACAACAACUGUCAGUGUUGGGCAAGUCUCUUGACGUAUUCUAUGGAAUCCCAUAUGCGAAGCCUCCUGUAGGCGAUCUACGCUUCAAAUACCCUCAGCCUUCAGAGUCAUGGGGACCGGAAGUAAGGGAUGCACAAAACCCGACGCCAUCUUGCUUCCAACCAAUAGGUGCUCAUAACACAGAUGAGAAGCACAAGCAGAUGCCCGAUGAUUACAGUGAAGACUGCCUCCAUCUUACAGUGUGGGCGCCAUCAGACAAUAGUGGCAAUCUGGCAGUGAUGGUCUGGAUUCACGGCGGAGGCUUCUAUUUUGGAUCUACAAGACUACCACUGUAUGAAGGAAAAUACAUUGCAGCAGAGAAUGGAGUCAUCGUUGUUUCAAUUAAUUACAGAUUGGGGCCUUUAGGGUUCAGCUACCUUGGUCCAGAUACCAUCCCUGGCAACAUGGGCUUGAUGGAUCAAAGAUUAGCCUUACAGUGGGUGAAAGACAAUGUUGCCAACUUUGGUGGAGAUCCAACCCGAGUCACCAUAUUUGGAGAAAGUGCUGGUGGUGUCUGCGUGGGUCUACACCUGGUGUCACCUCUGUCACGUGACUUGUUUGACAGAGCAAUCACACAGAGUGGGACCCUCACUUGCUCAUGGACAUACAUGGCGCCCAAAACAGCAAAAGGAAAAUUGAAGAGAUUUGCUGAUCUCCUUGAAUGUCCUUCAUCUUCAACUGAUACAGAGAUAUAUGACUGCUUGAAGACAGCAGAUGCACAAACUAUGGCAGACCUUCAGCUUGUUUUGUUAGAUGAAGGAACAACAUUUCCUCCAGUUGUGGAUGGGUACUUUGUCCCCGAUGACCCCAAAAGUCUUCUGUCCACUGGCUCCAUCAAGCAGACCAGUGUAUUGCAUGGUUUUACUAAAGAUGAGACAACACUGUUUUCUGCAAUGACAUUGAAACGUUCCCUGAGAAACGUGUCCACACUACCUGAAUCACUGAUUUUAAGUCGUCAAGAAUAUGAUAGUUUUCUUUCAUUUGACAUUGUCACUGGAAAGGACAUUGGAGAGUCUAUUCGUCUAUUUUAUGAAAGUCAGAUACCCCUUCUAAAGGACAAGGACUAUUUUGAUGUCGUAACUCGUGCAACUUCAGACAGGAAAUUUAAGUGUCCUCAUCUUGAGUUUGACAGAUUGUACUCUCCUGCCAACCCUACCUAUGUCUACAGUUUUAAUCGCCGACUGUCAGUUAGUCCAAAUCCACAGUGGAUGGGAGCACCCCACUGGUACGAGCUUGACUUUGUGUUUGGUUGGGUUCUGGAUAAGUCUCUGGGAUGUACAGAGGAGGAGAUGGAACUCAGCAGGACCAUCAUGACGUACUGGACCAACUUUGCCAAGUCGGGCAAUCCGAACGCUCCUGUCCCCAUCAAGGUGAACUGGCCAGCCUCUGACAACACUAAUCUCUCCUACAUGGCCCUUGACGUGGGCAGCAAAUUAGCAGCAGGACACGGGGUAGUCCACCACGAAUGUGUUUUCAUCAACAGGAUUCUACCCAUGAUUUCUAAAGACCCACCGGAAGGGCAGGAGUAUUGCACAAAAGGAUGAAAGUACAGCAUUAUAAUACUCAGAGCCGCACUAUAAUAAUCUAACAAUAAGGUUUGACAUUGCCAGGAACAGAUUAUUGUCCAAAGUCGUAGAGAGUCCUCAGAGAUACUGUGACACCUAUAGUCUACACUCAACCACCAACCCCUAUGUAGCCAUCAAUGAUGUGAUGAAAUAAAUAAUUUGCCAGCA